UUUCAUUCAACUGUUUGUACGAUUAUUUGUCAACAAGUGUUUCGUACAACUGUUUGUACGAUUAUUAAACAACAUAAAACUGAAAAUGAACACCCCCACCUGCAGUAAAAUUACCCAGGUUGGGUCACCAUCCCCUUCUCCACCAACUAAUAAGAGGAUGAAACGGCAAAGUGAAAGUGGGGUAAAGAAAGGAUGUACGAUUCUUAUAACUGGUCUAGCGAAGUCGGGGAAGACCACCAUUUCCACUUCCCUCACUCAACUGCUCAAAUCAAAUGGAAUACCUGUCAAAAAAGUGGACGGGAAGGAAUUAAGGGCCGGACUAUGCAAAAAUUUGGAUUUUGAUUGCAAGAAGGAUCGGUCGGAGUUUGUUCACUUAGCUAGUGAAUAUGCCAAAGGGUUCACCAAUGAGGGAUAUGUUUCAAUCAUAUCGAUUGUUGCUCCAUUACAUGAGGACAAAAAGCAAGGGUUUCCCAUGAGGAAGGUGGACUGACGUUUGUAGAUGUCUUUGUGGAUAGGUCAAGAGCGGAGUGUGAUGCAGAAUCUGGCCUGAGUAGAAAUGUGAUAAAUCCCAUUGAUGCGGAAUACGAACCUCCCAAAAAUCCGGAUGUUUAUCUCAAACGGAUUGGCAACAACGUAGAUGCAAUGACGAGAGAACUUGCUUCGAGAUUAGUUGGUUAUAAAUGCAUUCCCCUACUCUUUCUUCAACCUCAAUCCCCGGUCUCGCCAUUCAGCCGAUCAUCCCCAUCACCCAAAUCAUCCACUCCUGUAUCAUCUGCAGCGUCCCUUUCACCCUCAACAACAGACACAUCUGACUUGGAUUUGGUUGAUGAUGCGGAUUUUGAUCAAGAUGGGAACAUCAUAAAAAAAUUCAAACGACCCAGGAAGAGUAAUAUCCGAAACAUAUUUGAUUAUGUGAGGAAUCUUCUUCUUCAAAGAGGUUUUGUUGGAAAGGAUGGCGAACUGGACAACCAUCCUCUUUUUUUUGCGCUAAUGGGGGAAUGGAGGAUUCAUUAUGAAAAUCACAAAACAGGAGGAAUGGAGAAGUUUUUCCCUGUCAAAAUUCGUAGGCCAACAACUCGGGACAGAUCAGCGACACCCAGAAAAAAACCAACCAAAGGUGCUAAGACCAGGGAAAAAGAUGAUGUCAAGAGCCCACAAAUUACCGAGUGGGAUGACUUCAUCCCUUUGUAUUGGAACGGAUUAACGUUGUGUUAUGGCGUUCUACACAAAGGCUUCCCUCACCUCAAAAAAUGCAAGCAAUGUUGGUCUCAGUCAACAUCGGAGGGGUAUUUGUGUAAUCUCCAUUCAACAACCCGAUUACAACAUUUCACCGUUUUUCGUGAUACUAAUGAGAAGUCCAUCCAUUAUCAUGCUGCGCUAAGUUAUCCGAGUGUGCUAAAAAAAGAAUGGACGAAACAGAUGUUUCAAAAGAUAGCUCCCAACGUAACACAAGUAGAGAGAUACCUCUUAACUCAUCCUAACGCAAAUUUCUCCCCUAUCUAUGAAAACUCUUGUCUACUCUCCUCUCCGGAACGACUUCCUACCACGCAUUCCAUCACAUUGUCCGUUGCGCUCAUAACUCUGUUCAGAAAUCUGGAGAUGAAGGAGUUGGAGGCCCCCAUUAAACCGCAUAUUUUUCUUCAAAAGGAGAUUUAUAUGGUAGAGGCUAACUUGGCAGUGGUGGAGAGGACUUUGGAAGCGAAUGGAGUGACUUUCUCCAUGAGAGACCAUGAUGAUAUCAGCUCCCCACUAAUUGACAAGGAUCGGUAUUGUCAGAAGUUGCCAAACCUAUAUUGCGGGGUUGAAUCGAACAACCAAAUCAGUAUUGGUCUCAAAACGUCGAAGGCUGGGGGGCAGGAUCAUUCCGAAUUCACUCAUACUGACCAAUUCAAAUCAGGGCCCAUCUACCAAACCCCCCUCUCUGAUGAACAACUACAGCUUGCCGCCACAAUUAACACACAUACAUCUUUUACACAGUGGACGGAUCAGCAAAAGGAUCUAUUCAAUUUAGUAAGAGACGAUUGCACAAGAAAAGAGGGGUUGGGGCAGGCAGCACUAAUUGUUGCAGAAAUGAAAGGUCAAUCGUACAAGGGCAUCCUCAUUCGAAGGGACAAUAGUAAAUACGAAAAUGUACAGACUAUUUAUGAAGGGGACAGAGCUUUUGUACAGGCAGUUUACAAAUUUUUAACGACAAGGUCCCUUACUAUUUCAGUCGAGCAUACCGAUGAUAUGCGUUUGAACGAUGAGAUAUAAAUAAAGGCACAUCAUUCAUUUGCUUUUCUAUGCCACUUGAA